GCGCGUUCGUCUAGUUACCUCAGUCUCCGCCACCCCCGCCCCUCAUAGUGGCGCUCUCGCCAUCUUGCACCCCCUUCAGCCUAGCCCAGUCACCUUUUCUCUUUCCACAAUUUUUGUACCCCCCCAUACCCCGCCCCCUGCCCAUCGUGUCCCGGGGCCGCCGCCGCCGCCGCAGACACCGCGCCAUCUCUGUCCCCUCUCAUUCUCCACGCGGGACGCGCAGACGUGCUUCCACGUGUCCUUAAGCAGAGAUGAAUAAUACUGCAGCUAGCCCGAUGUCUACUGCCACUUCGAGUAGUGGAAGAAACCCAGGGAAGGCUGUAAGCUUUGCUGCAGAGCUGCAGAGCAUGCUGUUUUCUUUAGGGGAUGCUAGGAGGCCUCUCCAUGAAACAGCAGUCUUAGUAGAAGAUGUGGUUCACACACAGCUAGUUAACUUGUUACAGCAAGCUGCAGAAGUCUCUCAACUGAGGGGAGCAAGGGUGAUCUCUGCUGAAGAUCUUCUGUUCUUGAUGAGAAAAGAUAAGAAAAAACUAAGAAGACUUCUAAAAUACAUGUUUAUCCGAGACUACAAAUCAAAGAUCAUCAAAGGCAUUGACGAGGACGACCUCCUGGAAGAAAAACUGAGUGGCAGCAGCAGUACAAACAAGAGACAGAAAAUUGCUCAGGACUUGAUCAACUCUAUUGACCAGACAGGAGAGCUUCUGGCCAUGUUUGAGGACAACGAACUUGAUGAUGUUAAACAGGAGAGAAUGGAGGAGCAGACCUUCUUAGCAGCCAUGAAACCUCCUGGCGCCCACGCCAAAAAAGCUUCCAAAUUUCGAGACUGGUUGGACUGUGGCAGCAUGGAGAUAAAGCCCAAUGUCAUAGCUAUGGAAAUUUUGGCAUACUUAGCCUAUGAAACAGUGGCACAGGUAGUGGAUCUGGCUCUUCUCGUGAGGCAGGAUAUGGUAUCCAAGGCAGGGGACCCUUUCAGCCAUGCCAUUUCUGCAACCUUCAUUCAGUAUCAUAACUCGGCUGAGGGGUCCUGUUUGAAGUCCUGUCCAGACUCUCCUGAGAACACACCGCCUGCUACACCAACAGCUCCCUCUUCUGCAUCUCAGCAUUCUGGGAGAUCCACAUCCGGAUCCCUGGGGAAUGGCAGUACAGGACAAGACUCUAGUAAAAGCAAGCAGAGAAAGAGGAAAAAGAGCACUGCGGCCUGUGGUGUUGAGGCUCACAGCGAUGCCAUCCAGCCCUGCCACAUCAGAGAAGCCAUUCGACGCUAUGGCCACAAGAUUGGCCCUCUUUCCCCAUUCACAAAUGCCUACCGAAGGAGUGGGAUGGCUUUCCUGGCCUGCUGAGGGGACCAUGGCUGUGCCUGCUGCAACAGGAGGAGGAAUGAGACACCGAGGCCAUUCUUCCCUGUGCUGGAUGAAAAUAAAAUGUGGAUUUACCGUC